GAAGCUUUGACAAAAAGACGAGGAAGAAACGUACACGGAAGUCAUUCAGGAUUUUACCUUUUACCUACCAUACAGUUUACAUGCUUGAUAUUUAAUUUAAUCUGCAGACUUUUUCGGUAUACUUUCCUCUGGCGGUUAGUUAAACCGUAAUGGCACUUAACGAUGGGACAGUCGGUGUGGACACCAUGAUAAGAUAACGUGUAGUUCUCAGCAGACGGCUGAUAUCCAGUGCGGGUCAAUGGACGCCAGGACCUGAAGGGCUGCUGUUUUGACAGCUGGGUUGAGCCUCCAGUACCUGGUCUUUCUGCCCGACAAAGAGAGCUGCUCGAGAACAGACACGACCCGAGGUUUAAACACUAAAGAGGGGGUUAUUCUAUGUAGAGACAAAUAUACUUAUGUACUUACUGUGAAGUUGCUUUUAAAGCGCAAUUGAAGGUACGGCAGAAAGGUGAGAGUCACUCCCUGUCAGUGUCAGCGACUUCUUCUCACCAGUGUUUGCUCACUUCACAUCGACCAUUGGUCAUGGCCUCUCCCCGGCUGAAAUACCUCUCUCUGGGCGUGCUGGUGUUCCAGACCACGUCCCUGGUGCUCACCAUGCGGUACUCCCGCACCCUGCAGGCCGAGGGCCCGCGGUACCUGGCCUCCUCGGCGGUGGUGGUGGCCGAGGUCCUGAAGAUCCUCACCUGUGUGCUGCUCGUCUUCAAGGAGCACAAUUACAGCAUUCGAGCUCUGAACAGCCUCCUGCGUCAGGAAAUUGCCCACAAACCCAUAGAAACGCUGAAGCUGGCGAUUCCCUCUGGGAUCUACACGCUGCAGAACAACCUGCUGUAUGUCGCCUUGUCCAACCUGGACGCAGCUACCUACCAGGUGACAUACCAGCUGAAGAUCCUGACCACGGCUCUGUUCUCGGUGUCCAUGCUGGGCCGCAGGCUGGGCGUCUACCAGUGGCUCUCAUUGCUGAUUCUUAUGGCUGGAGUGGCUCUCGUGCAGUGGCCCUCUGAGUCUGCAGCGGCCCCUGAGCAGGAGGCCCUCUCUGCAGGCUCCCAGUUUGUCGGUGUGACAGCAGUUCUGGUGGCGUGCUUCUCCAGUGGGUUCGCCGGUGUCUACUUUGAGAAGAUCCUAAAGGAGAGCAAACAGAGCGUCUGGGUCCGCAACAUUCAGCUAGGGAUGUUUGGCCUGGUGUUUGGCCUAUUUGGGAUGCUGAGCUACGAUGGAGAGAGGGUGAGGGAGUCGGGAAUGUUCCAGGGGUACAGCACCGUCACCUGGACUGUCGUAGCGCUGCAGGCGCUGGGGGGUCUGGUCAUAGCAGCGGUCAUCAAGUACGCAGACAACAUCCUCAAGGGCUUUGCUACAUCGCUCUCCAUCAUCCUGUCAACUCUUAUAUCGUACUUCUGGCUACAGGACUUCGACCCCACUAGUGUGUUCUUCGUGGGGGCUGUUUUGGUCAUCGCAGCCACUUUCCUCUACGGCUACGAAGGCAAGCCAUCCCCCAACCCCAGCAGGGCAUAGGACACUCACGGCUGACACUACAGCAGCUGUAGGAGGUCCUGUUGAAGCGUCAAGACAUGGAGUUGAAAAGAGGACAGAGAGCUGGAAAAAAAAAAAAAAAGAGGGGCAAAGGUCUUUAUCGUAUAUUGUGAAGAGACAGAGAAGAGAAGGAGGAGAGGAGGUAAGCAGGUUGGGAACGGACGACAAGAAGGUGAAAAAACAAAAAGCAAGCACAACGCUGUGAUGGGUCUCACACACCAAAAGUGCCUCAGCUGAAGAAGGGUAACCAAUGAGAAAAGAAAACUGUGUCGAAACAGGAUUGUACGUUUUUCUUUGUUCCUAUAAUUCCCGCUGUAGAGAGGAUCCUGGCUGCCACACUUCCACAUCUGGACCAACUGAUUGUGUUCAUGAGAAACCUGUUUGACUGCCAGUCACUGUUACUGCCACAUCAGUCACGCCUACACAAUAAACAAUUACAGAGGCAGACAGGCAGAAGUUUCUAAAUCUUCAAAACCACUUUUUUUUUUUAGAUGUAGUGCAACUUUAGCUCAAAUUGUUGACUUGUUCGCUUUAGAGUUGCAGUAUUUAAGGCGCCGACCGUUUUUCUUGUCCCAUUUUGAGCUCUGAAAGCACAUUUAUGUGCCAUUUUCCCCCUGAAAUGAGCCUUUUUCCAGCCAUUGUUUACACCAAAGCUCUGUACAAUACCGCAAGCUCUCAUAGUCAAAUGGUUUAGGAGGAUGCCUGGGAGGCAUAACUCGGCAUAACACUCAAUGCACCAAGAGCCUUUAGACUAUGGUAGUUACAGUGACCAUAACUAGUAUUGUUUCCAAAAUGGUUUCCAUGUUACGUUUUGUCCAGCUAUUUUUGGAAACGUUUUUUGUUACCAGGCAACAUAUAGUCAUUGGGAUAUCUUUGAUAACCAGUGACAUAAUUACUGUAUGACUGGUGUCUGGUGGGGUUGAAUGUGUUUUACAGUAAUCUGGGUGUAUGAUUAAAUGCUACAGUAAUAAACUAAUCGGACACUUGAGACACGCUGUUCUCAGCUGUAACUGUGGUAAUGAUUUGAAGAUAUUGAUUCUUGAAGGGAGAGUUUGAUUAUGUGGUGAAGAAUAUUUUGUACAAUUUUGAAUUAUGUUAACCUUGAAUAAUAGCACCAUUUAAAUUGUAAUCUAUAAAUCUAAUCGAAUUGUCUAUUUAAUGUAUCUAUUAAUUGGUUAGGCUUCCACGUGACUUUUCAAAGCCAUUGAAUAUAAACAUCCAGCUCCUUACGUCCUGUGCUCGUGUAACAAUACCACCUGUUGCUUUUGUGGCAAAGUGAUCAAAAAUGGCUGAAUGUGGCCCAGCUAAGUCUGAACGUACUGAAUUAUACUGAUCACAUCAGACAUGCGUGAGGCAUUAUUUACAUCAGUGGUUCUCAACCUUUUCGAGUUGCGACCCCCCACAAUAAUGAGGUUGGUGUUUGCGGCCCCCCCCCUCAACAACAAGCGCUGCAAACUGGUAUCUACACGCCUCCCCCUGCUGAUUUUGAGUGAUUUUUUUUGUGAAUGCUUUGAUUAAUACAUGUAAACAAAUAAUGCUUUGCUUUAUAGUUUAGUUUUAGCAGCUAGACCCUAGCCUUGUCCAAUGUGAUCCAGGCUCUGUGGAUUUUUGAUGCAUUUGUGAUUUUUUUUUCCUCUCCCCCUGCCAUGUCUUCAGACCCAUUUCUGUGUUCCAGGAACUCCUGAUUUACAGCUCUGAAUAUAACACAUUAAAUGUGCCAAACUCACACAGUAAUGUAAAAACCAUUCCCCAGUCUAGAAUAUGUGUUAUUUCAUUUUUUUUCUCCCCAACCAUCUGGCGACCCCCAGAAAUGAUCUUGUUACCCCCUUUGGGGGUCCCGACCCCCAGGUUGAGAACCACUAAUUUACAUCACAAUUUGACUAAUGUUUUUCUUCUGGAAUGUUUUUUUCUUGGGAUAAAGCGGGUAUAAUUAAUAACUUUAUUAUUUUAAUUAUCAAUAUGUGAAUCUUUUAUAAAAGAAAAAUGUUUCCUUU